UGGCAACGUUAAAUUGUGUGUCGAUUGUGAUUGGCUAAAACACGUUUAAACUGAAAUUUGAAUCGGAAUAAAAAUUUGAAAGUAAGAGUUUCAAAGAAACGAUUGCAGAAAAUAGAAUAAGCCGAAAAUUAUAUGAAUAAAUUUUGUCUCAAACCAAAAAAAAUACAAUCAACUUUACUGUGAAGAUUUGUGAUUUUAUUAUGGAGGAAUCUAAUCCAGUGAAAGUUGCAGUUCAGGUUCAACCUCUCUUACCAGAAGAAAUAAUAGAUGGUGCCACUUCCGGUAUAAACGUUUUGUUUGAAAAAUCUCAGAUUUUGGUACCUUCUGGUAAAAAGUUUAGUUUUGAUUAUGUGUUUGAUGAGAGAGGCACACAAGAACAAUUAUAUAGGAUAAGUGUACAACCACUCUUGGAAAAAGUGAGAAAAGGUUGUAAUGGAACAAUAUUGACAUAUGGUCAAACAAAUACUGGAGAAUCAUAUACAAUGGGAAUUGAUUCAGCCAUUCAAAAUAAAGGAAUCAUCCUUCAUGUUUUAAAUGAUCUUUUUGGUUUUGCUAAAGAAAUGUCAAAUGUCCAAAUUUCCAUAGAUGUUUCAUUUAUUGAAAUUCAUAAUAAAGAAAUUUAUGAUCUUCUUUCUGAGAGAAAGAAGAAAAUUCAAAUUCAAGAAUUUUCAAAUAAAACAAAGUUACUUGAUGUGAGCAUAAUUAAUGUAUCAAGUACAGAUGAUGCACUUCGUUGGUUGGAAAAAGGAGCAACUAUUCGAAAUACUGUUUCCACAACCACUUACUUGCAUUCCAAUAUAUCACAUGUAAUAUUUAUUGUAUAUAUACAUCAUAAUCAGAGUACAUCUAAACUUUGUUUUGUGGACUUGGCUUCAUCAGAAAUAACUCAAAGUAAAAUUCCAAAUAUAUCUAGAGAAGGUAUUCAAGUAAACUUAGGAUUGCUUACAUUGGUUCAUGUAAUGAACUCUUUAAAUAACAAACAUCAAAAAACUCAUAAACCAUACAGAAAUUCGCUAUUAACUCGAGUCCUGAAAGAUUGUCUGAAUGAAGAAACAGUUACAUUAUUAAUAGCAUAUAUUAGUUCUGCAGACACGUGCAUGAAAGAAACAAUGAAUACUCUUCGUUAUGCAUUAAGAGCUCGUUGUGUUAAAGAUACUAUUAUUCCAAAGAAAUCGAAUUUUACUAUUUUAGAAUCGUCCUCAGCUACUGAAAAUUAUCCAUUGACUGAAUUGGAAAAUAUAAAUUCUUCUCAUAUGCUUGCAAGUAUUUCACAACCAUGCUCACCUAAACUUGAAAGUGAACAGAUUUCAGUAUUAAAUAAAACUUUAGAAGACAUAUCAAAUACAACUAAAUGGAACAAUAGUGAAAAUGUAUCAAGAAGAAAAUCUCAACGUUUAUGGGAAAAGAAAACAAUUGUUAAAAAUCCAGAUGAUUCAGCAAUUUUUAUUUUUGAAAAUUCUUUUCUUUCUUGUAAGAUGCCAACUAAGAAUAACUUUAAAAAAGUUCAACGGAAACAAAAUAAAGCUAUAUUAAAGUUUUUAAAUAAAGGAACAAAAACCGACUUGCAAACACUUCCUUUCAUUGGAGAGAAGAGAGCUUUGGCUAUCGAAACUCACAGAAACACUCACGGACCCUUCAAGUCCUUAAAAGAACUUCGUGAAGUCGAAGGAUUUUCCGAAAUCUUUUUAAAUCGCUNAAAUAAAACUUUAGAAGACAUAUCAAAUACAACUAAAUGGAACAAUAGUGAAAAUGUAUCAAGAAGAAAAUCUCAACGAACAAAAACCGACUUGCAAACACUUCCUUUCAUUGGAGAGAAGAGAGCUUUGGCUAUCGAAACUCACAGAAACACUCACGGACCCUUCAAGUCCUUAAAAGAACUUCGUGAAGUCGAAGGAUUUUCCGAAAUCUUUUUAAAUCGCUUCCUUAAAAUGAAUGCUAUUACGUUAGAUUAG